AUGCCUGCAAAGCAAAAUAAUCACGAUGGGCCACAGACGCUGCUCACCCUCUGCUCAACAAUAGCCCUGGGAGCCCUCAUCGCCAAAAAUCUCCCUCCCGAGAAGAAGUCCUCCUCCCGCCGUCGCUCAAGGUUUGACUACAACUCUUCUUCUCAUCGCUACCAACGUUCACGUCCUUCAAGGACGGCAAGCCCUGCUCGACCAAGAGUACCCCCCUUGCAGGACAGGCCGUAUCGCGAACAAAGGAGCUACAUACACUAUCCGCCUCAGCAUCCUGGAGACAAGGGAGAGACACUGUAUAUUAUAGAUCAGAGACCCCUUGGGUCGGGAUGGACGGGGCCCGAAGUCACAUGGGAGGAGGAGGAUGAAGAGGAAGAGGAGCGUCGCCGGCAGCAGAGGCAAAGAGGCGUGCCAAAGACGAGUGGCAACGGUCCAAACCGAGACGACAAGGGGACGCCAAUUCAAGGCCAGACCAGAAACGGCGCGUAUCAAGUGCGUAGAUAUUACCGCUGGAACGGGGAAGAAGCUGGACCGGAUGAGCCUCGUACCACAGUGGAAGAGGGAUGGCCAAAGUGGGAUUGA